CUUUCUCUUCACUUUGGAUCUCCCGAACCCUAGAAAGCUUCAGCCAUGGCGUCCUCGUACGACUACGAAGACGACUCCUCCUCACGCUAUGCCGCCUCGGACGCCGGUUACGAUCCCUCCUUCGUCCCCGAUUCCGUCAAAACCUUCGUUGCCCACCUUUAUCGCCACAUCCGCGAGAAGAACGUCUACGAGAUCCACCAGAUGUACGAGGGUGGCUUCCACCGUCUCAGCGAUCGCAUGUUCCGCGACACUCCUUGGCCUCCCGUCGAGGCCAUCGCUCCCUUUGUCGACAAUGACCAUGUCUUCUGCCUACUCUACCGUGAGAUGUGGUUUCGUCAUCUCUAUGCUCGCCUCUCCCCUACUGCCCGCCAGCGGGUUGAAUCCUGGGACAAUUACUGUAGUCUCUUCGGCGUUGUUCUCCAUGGGGUUGUGAAUAUGCAGCUGCCGAACCAGUGGUUGUGGGAUAUGGUGGAUGAGUUCGUGUAUCAGUUCCAAUCUUAUUGUCAGUAUAGAGCGAAGCUUAUGAACAAGACAGAGGAGGAACUCCAGUUGUUGAGACAGAAUGAUCAGGCCUGGAAUGUGUAUGGUGUGCUCAAUUACUUGCAAGCCCUUGUCGAGAAAUCUAUGAUCAUCCAGAUCUUGGAACGUGAGAAGGAGGGUCUUGAACAGUUCACUUCUACUGAUGGAUAUGAUUAUGAAGGAGGAAGCAAUGUUCUGAAAAUGCUUGGUUAUUACAGCAUGAUUGGGUUACUAAGGGUUCACUGUCUUCUGGGGGAUUAUCACACUGGCUUGAAGUGUUUAUCACCGAUUGACAUUAGUCAGCAAGGUGUUUACACUAUUGUGAUUGGAAGCCAUAUUAGUGCCAUAUAUCAUUAUGGGUUUGCAAACCUAAUGUUGAGGAGGUAUGUUGAUGCAACUCGAGAGUUUAAUAAGAUCCUGCUGUAUAUAUUGAAGUUCAAACAGUAUCAUGAGAAGUCUCCUCAGUUUGAUCAGAUCCUGAAAAAGAAUGAACAGAUGUAUGCAUUGCUGGCUAUUUGUCUUUCUUUAUGCCCACAAACAAAACUAAUUGAGGAGAAGGUGAGUGCCCAAUUGAAGGAGAAAUAUGGUGAUAAGAUGCUGAGAAUGCAAAGAUAUGAUGAUGAAGCAUAUGCUGUGUAUGAUGAGCUUUUCUCAUAUGCAUGCCCCAAAUUUAUUACCCCGUCAGCUCCUCUUCUGGAAGAGCCUCUUAUAAACCGCAAUCAGGAUGCUUACAGGCUGCAAUUGAAAUUGUUCCUCUUAGAAGUGAAGCAACAACAAUUGCUUUCUGGACUGCUGGAGUUACUUGAAGCUGUACUCAACCAUAUCAAUUGGGAAACUUUGCAGCAUAUAUGGAAUUAG